AUGGUUCACAAUGUUCCAGAACAUUCCACAACAUUCAAGAGUGUUCUGGAACGUCCAGAAUGUUCCCAAACGAUCCAAAACAUCCCAGAACAUUCUGGAAUGUUGUGGAAUGCUCUGGAACACUCUGGAAUACAUUUAUCGAAUAAUUUNUACAUUGUCAAAAUUGACAAUGAAAAGGUAGAAAGUGGUGAAUUGGAAAAGGAUUGGAAUUUCUUGCCUCCCAAAAAAAUCAAGGAUCCUGAAGCUAAAAAGCCUGAGGAUUGGGAUGAUAGAGCCAAAAUUGAUGAUCCCGAAGACAAGAAACCAGAUGACUGGGAUCAACCUGAAUACAUACCAGAUCCAGAUGCCACAAAACCUGAAGAUUGGGAUGAUGAAAUGGAUGGUGAAUGGGAACCACCACAAAUAAAUAAUCCCGAAUAUAAAGGAGAAUGGAAACCUAAACAAAUUGAUAAUCCUAAUUACAAAGGACCAUGGAUUCAUCCAGAAAUUGAUAAUCCAGAAUAUGUACCUGAUCCAUUUAUCUACAGGUAUACUGAUAUUGGAGCAUUUGGUUUUGAUCUAUGGCAGGUUAAAUCUGGUACAAUAUUUGAUAACAUAUUAAUUACGGAUGAUGAAGAUUUUGCUCAGAAAGUAGGAGAAGAAACAUGGGGCUCUACAAAAGAUGCUGAACGUAAAAUGAAAGAUGAGCAGGAUGAAGAAGAAAGGAAGAAAACAGAAGCAGAAGCUAAAAAAGAUGAAGAUGAAGAGGAGGAGGAAGAAGAUGAGGAGGAAGAUACUGAAUCUACAACUGAGGCUACAGAAGUAAGUUUUUAAUCUGACAUGCAAUUU